GGUACCGCGAGUAUAUUCGGCUUCCGAUCCGAAUCCGAGCCCGCGGCGUAAUGAUGAUCCUCGUUGCUGAAUGAAGGCACGAUUUUGCCGAGCCGUCCAGUCUCCGAUAAACAAACAAUCGCAUCGGCAGCAACCUAACCGAACCGUUUUGGUGCGUGUCACGGUGCCAGUGCUUUGGUGCGUGACCGUUAAAGUCGUAUCGAAGUUCAGUGAUAACAGGGAAAUAUAAAAUUGAAAUAAAAAGUACACUUCUGCGCUACUGCACCUUCUUGUCCUUCGGGGACACUCAAGCACGGUUCGUACUUUGUGCAUAAAUGUGUACGAAUUAACAGACAAACGAAUUAAAAUUAUCAGAAGCGAAAAAACAAAACCAAAAGUAGCUUUUAACGGAUUUGUGCAUUUUGUGAAGCAGCGUGGUCGUGUUAAAUUUGAAUAUCGUUAAGCCCAACGGCUGCUGGAGCAAUCUUCUCAUCUGCAGCGUGCAUUGUGCAUUGUGAAACACGAAAUAUUUUGCAACAUUUAAUGCAGAAAAGCGGCAAAAUAAAACGCAUUCCACAUCGUAUUGAAGUGCAUUUUUAGUACAUCGUACCAACGGUUUCUUUCUGUGCAUAUUGCGUGUGUGUGUGUGCGUUUGUGUAUGGGUGUGUGUUUGUGUGUGCACGUGUCCACCUCCAAGGCCACAUUGGUAAAGUGGUGUUUCCCGUUCCGGGAGUAGGUCAAAUUGGUGUACAACGUAAAGUGCAACCGCGAACCACUCACGCCACCAUCGAAAUGGGGAAAAUUUAUUGAAGAAAGUGGAAAAUAGAGAGUGGAUAAUUAAAUGCAACAUAAUGAACUUCUCGAAGGAAGAAGCGUUUGAGCGCUUUGGCCACUAGUGGUUUGCUUGAGGGCAGAAAAAAAAGCCCAGUUCACGAAAGUUCUACGACGGAGACACCCAGUGGGCACGCUGCAAAACCAAUCUAACAAAACCCCGAGACAUCCCCAAGCCCGGUGGUACAGCAACCCGUUCCCAGUUGCAUUUGUGCUGCAUUUGCGCGCCAAACACCCAACACCCGUCAGUGUUCCGAGUGGGUGGAUGGGUGGGAGGUGUAUGUUAAAGUUGGUGAAAAUUUAUGUACCGAAGCUAUCCGGCCCAACCAGCCGGGACGAACCGUUUUGCAUCGAAGCUGGUGUGUGCUGUUUGAAACCAUCUUGCUGCUGGUUUUUGCUUGGCCAGAUGCAUCGUGUGGCAUCUCUGUGUUGAAGGAUCUGGGAUCCGUUGUUUGUUGGUGAUAGGUGCUGGUGGAUCCUAUGGUUUCAGCUUGUUAGUGAAAUUGUUUCAAAUUCCGUGCAGAAAGUUACGCUCCAAGUAGGUGGCGAGUGUGCGAAUGAAUUUCACAAUUCGUCUUUUGAUGCCCUGUUUUGGCCACUGUGUGUACUUGUAUGCGAGGUAGGAGAAAUUCUCCAGCGAGUGGAUGUGAAGCGUAGCAAAGUUUCUAGCGUGGUGAAACUUGUUGAUUAAUUUCCACAGUUCGUAGUGGCAGAUUAAACAGGAAAUGAAUACAAGUAGUGUACUGCUCGUUCGGUUAAGUUUCGUAGUGAGUGUGAAACUGGCACGAAAGUGAGCUGCUAGUGUUUGUAGCAAGCCGUACCUAAGCUUAGUGGAAACUAUUCCAUCUUCCGAUUGUCAGCACUGGUUGUGGCUGUUCCGCCUGCCUACAUCCGCCAACGGUUCGACCGGAGUGGACAGUAUCCGGUGCAAAAACGGUGCAUUCCGUGCAGCAGCAAAAGAAAAUCGUAACAAGGUUACCGUUAGCGUACGCAGACAUUCCGAUGAUGGCAACGACAGCAAAUUGACACGGUUUGCUGAAUUCACCUGUAACGGUGUGCGUUGAUAAAUUGGGACCCGCAUUUCGAUUGACGACAGCAUCAAACGGUCUAGAAACCUUGACCCAACCACCUUUUGCCUGUGUCACAAAAUAGGCAUUUGUAGUAAAUGCUGGUAGUGCUUUGUAAUUUGCCCCACGUUAACCUGUGGAAUCGUUCGGCAGUGUACGAUACGGGUUUUGCUUCCGAAACAGUUGACAGUUACACCCAUCAUUACAGCGUAACAGUAGCAAUCUGUCUACUGUCGAAGACAUAAGGUAUUCGGUCUAGUCCACUGCUUCGUGUGAUAAAGUUGUGUUUCAUCACCCCUGGAACGCGGGAACCAUCUUGAGUUGUAACCGUUACCGAGGCACUGGUGCAUGAGGCGAUAAGAAACGUUCGCUUGCAUACCGACCCGAAACCCGAUGAAAUGAGCCGCUAUGUGGACCUACAUGAUGGCAGCGGCCCGAGGUGACCGGGCAAUGUCAUCGAUAUCGUCACGUCAUCAGAGCAAUCGGAAUGAGUUUGACUCACCAAGCAUUUACCACUUCAAUCGAGUGCAACGACCACUGUACAACACGACGCACCGGGCACCACAGCUCUCCAAUGGACCCGUCAGCAUUAGUACGACUCCGUUCGGGAGCAACACGAUCUAUCAGAGCUACAUGCCGCAAACCGCCUCGCUCGACAGCUUCAACAGUGUGGCCACGAAUCCCAGCUUCUCGACCACGGGUGGCACACCGCCGAUCGGUGGCUCUGGUCGAGUUGCGCCGGCCACCGGAAGCGGCACCACACCGACGACCGGGCGGCAAACAGCAGCAUUACCCUUCACGACACGCAACCGCCCUGAGGUAGCUACGGAUCUUCCGGUCACACCGAAGAACAACCAUCUAAGCCAAGCUGUGAUAGAAAGCGAGAGAGGUGAUGUUCAGGAACCAUCCACCGGCCGACGGGGCAAGCUUUCCUCCUUACGCCGUUCGCUGAACGCGCUCCGCUGUAGGAUAUCGAAACGAGGCCGCUCGAAACCACCCGACCAAUUUCUGGACAAAUUUUCCGCCGCAUCCGCCACCUCCGAUACCCGGUUGCACCAGGCAGGCUGCGUUGCGCCACAGGCUGUCCCUUCCGAUGGGGUGUGCAGCCGCCUGUCGGUCGAUCCGUCCCUUCCGUCGCACUAUCGGUGGCUGUCCGUCGUUUCGCUGGCUGUACUAUACAAUAUCAUAUUUGUGAUAGGACGAGCGGUCUUCUGGGAGCUGAACAAACAAGCCUCCGUGCUAUGGUGGAUCCUAGACUAUCUGUGUGAUUUCAUCUACUUGACCGACACGCUGGUGCACUGUCAUGAGGGGUACUUGGAACAAGGGCUGUUGGUGCGAGAUGCGCCCAAGCUACGGAAGCACUACUUUUCCAAGCAGCGCUGGUGGCUCGACAUCGUCUCGAUGCUGCCAACCGAUCUGGCCUACAUCUGGUGGGCGCCGAGUUCCUGUGCCGCCACACGGCUGCCGUGUCCAAUUAUAGUUAGAAUUAAUAGGUUACUGCGUCUUCCAAGAAUGUGGGAAUGGUUCGAUCGUACGGAAACGGCCACCGGCUAUCCGAACGCCUUUAGGAUAUGUAAAGUUGUUUUAGCUAUUUUAGUACUCAUCCACUGGAAUGCGUGUCUGUACUUCGCUAUUAGCUACGCGCUCGGAUUCAGCACCGACAACUGGGUGUACAACAUCAAUGGGCCCAAAAAUCUUACCCUAUCGCGGCAAUACAUUUACAGCUUCUACUGGUCCACGCUUACGCUGACCACCAUCGGUGAGACGCCAACACCGGAGAACGAUGCCGAGUAUCUGUUUGUCGUAGCGGACUUUCUCGCCGGUGUUCUCAUCUUUGCCACCAUCGUCGGAAACAUCGGUUCGAUGAUAUCCAACAUGAACGUAACACGGGUCGAGUUCCAAAACCGGAUGGACGGCGUGAAGCAAUACAUGGCCUUUCGGAAGGUUGGCGGUGAGCUAGAAGCUCGGGUACGUACACUAACCGUGGGAGACCGUUUCGUCCUGCUUAUGAUCUUUACAUUUUUUGUCACCCACCGAACCCACGAUGUUGUUUGGAUUCUCUGUAUCUGCCCACAGGUCAUUCGUUGGUUUGCCUACACUUGGGCGCAAAGCGGUGCACUGGACGAGGAACGCGUGUUGGCUGCCCUGCCUGACAAGCUGAAGGCCGAGAUUGCGAUACGGGUACACAUGGACACGCUGCGGCAGGUCCGCAUCUUUCAGGACUGUGAACCGGGUCUGCUGGAGGCGCUUGUGCUGAAACUCAAACUGCAGGUGUUUAGUCCUGGUGACUACAUUUGUCGGAAGGGUGACGUCGGUAAGGAAAUGUACAUCGUGAAGCGUGGAAGUCUUUCGGUGGUUGCGGACGAUGGCAUUACCGUGUUGGCUACGCUGGGCGCUGGUUCCGUGUUUGGAGAGGUGUCGGUGCUAGAAAUUGCGGGCAAUCGCACCGGAAACCGUCGGACAGCUAAUGUGCGAUCCAUCGGCUAUUCCGAUCUGUUCUGUUUGGCGAAGCGUGACCUCUGGGAAACGUUGGCGGACUAUCCGGAGGCCCGAGCAUCGCUGACCGAGCGUGGGUGUCAAUUAUUGCGAAAAGAUGGCCUGCUGGAUGAAGCAGUCUUUGCCAAUGCCCAACAAACGCAAGAUUCGCUGGAAAGUGGAGUAGCCCGGCUGGAACAGACGGUGGAAAACUUGAACCUCCGGUUGGCCCGUCUGCUAGCCGAAUAUUCCGCCAGUCAGGCGAAGCUGAAGCAACGCAUCUCCAAGCUCGAGGACAGAGUGCAAAAGUCGCCCACCAGCAAAGGCGAAGGCAAAACACAGCUACAACAUCCCAGUUCCUCGGCAUCCAAUGCAGCGCGCCUUCGAACGCAACGACGCAAAUCGCAUUCGUCAACGACGACCACGACGGCCGCGGACGAAUCCUUGACGACGGUGACGGCAUCCGGCAUGACACCGACGGUGACCGGUGCGGGGGUUAAUGCUACCGGCAGCAGUGGGAACAGUGGGCCAGGCCGACAGAAUACGUUAUGAAUAUGCAUUCACCAUCUUCCGUCGUGGCACAUUUACUGCUAACGUGCAUCGGGUCGCGUGACGCGAACGUUUUGUGAGCGGGUGUUUUGGAUAAAGAAUGAUCGAAGAUGAUUAAAUAGGGUUCCUUGUAAAGUGGAGUGAACUUCAAAACGGGUUAUACAACAACGGCCAAACGCAAAGCAAAAGACAAGUGGAAACAGUCCAUGGUUUGGUUGAUCUGCUGUAGAAUCUUUCCAUCCACAGCAGGACAUCAAACGUGCCAGCUUCCUUUCUCACAUUCUGGUACGACUGAGCUGCAGUAAGUGGUUUUGAUUGGACGAGUACGAAGCAGCAAGAAAUUAAGGAUAUGCAAAGGUCCUGCAAAGAAUGGAAAAUAUUUUUCCGGACACUAAUCUUAAUGUUACUAUGAAUUUGAAUUGAAAUACUUUUUUGUGCUUGGUUUAACGGCUCCUUUAUUUCAUUCCAAAUUUUUACUCAAUCAUUCACAUAGUAGCUUUACAAUAAUAAUAAUAAAAUACAUCUAUUAUUAUUAUAAUAUUUUAUAAAAGUUAAAUUAUAUCAUAUGCAUGAACAACAUGAAUUACGUCUAAAUAGAGCAAAUUAUAUACUUGAGAAAUUAAACACAAUUUUAAGUCUUUAGGAUUAUUUUGAAACAUUCUGUAAUAUUUGUUUUUCUAACACUAAAUAGUGUCAAUUGAUGUCCAAGUUUUUUAAAAGUUUUUAAAUUUAAGUUUAAAAAAUUAAUAUCUUGGGCAAAGUAAUGCCCUAGCCAUAUGUCUUAAAAUUUUAAAUUAUUUUUUACAAUUCUAUUGAUACAUGAAUAUAUAUCAAAUUUAGUUGAUAUUAUUACUCAUUACUACUUAAGGCAUUUAUUCAAUUACCACUUUAUUGACACGCGGAAACACUUAGUAAUAUUUGAAACUUAAUGAAACAUACAAUCUCUUCCUUCUCCUGUUCGGUAAGCAUUAACGAAAACAAAAUGCCAACGGGGUUAAAAACCACACAAACAUAAUGUAACUGCUUCAUUUACAUCAAUUCAAUUUGAAACCCCUGUGACUACCUAAUGUUAAGUUGUAACAGUAAAACUAGUGAACUAACUGCAUCCAGCCACAUGACGCUGGUUUAAACGGUAAUGGUAGACAAGAAAUGAAACAAAAACAUUAAACGUGCCUCGAAAUGACUAUUUAGUUUUUUACUUAAUGAUUGUGAUAAGAGAAGUAAACCAACCACACAAACAAAACAAAAAAAAAACCAUUAGUCGUAAUGUCCGUAUUUGGUGGUAGCGUUUGUACCCAAGUGAUGAAAGUGCGUUUGUUAGCAGCAAAGUGUGAAGCGGGAUGUUUGAUUAAAUCUAAAGUUAACCAUAGUUCGUAUGGAAAACAAUUUAACAAAAGCAAACGUUACAUUAAAUUAAAACAUAACUCAAAAGCAAACAAAACACGAAAUAAAGUAUCGAACAUUAAACAAAGAGAAA